AAUGAAUUAACUUGAGGAUGGAGAAGUUCCGACUAAUAAUGAACCCAAAAAAAAUGGAGCAUCAAUUUACUCGUCUACUUACAGGACAAAAGUUUGUGAGCAUUUCAAAAAAGGCUCUUGUAUUAAGGGCAAUAAAUGUUCAUAUAUGCAUCCAAAAGAGCUAUAGAAUGUUACUCGCAUCUGCAAGUAUUACUUAGGGUAAGGAUGUCAGAAUUAAUAAUAAUGCUAAUAUUCUCACGAUUUGUCUAAAUACCAAUGCAAAUUCUUUUUUGCAAUGAGUAAUUGCAAAGGAUAGAAUUGUCGUUUUUCUCAUGAUCUUUGGGAGAAUGAAAUUGCUAAGUAACAAUGGGCUGCUGACAAUGAUUAAUUUUUAAAAGAUUGUUAUCAAAGAAGAGUAAAUUUUAAUCAUAUUUUAUUUUAGGGUACUACUGGUUUGGGAGCAGCUUAUGAUGAAUAAUACAAAAUGAAAGUUUUUGAAUAAUAGAAAGUUAACCCAAGUAUUUCAUUAUUUUAAUAUUUUUUAAAGAUUAGAGAAACUAUCCCUUUUAUCCCAAUAAUUAUAUGGCUACAUAACCAUAAUCAUAAAUGCCAAACAAUAUUUUAAAACAAAUAUCUCCACAAAUACCUUAAGGAACAACUAAAUUACCUAUUAAUAAUGACCUGGAUCCAAUAAGUGAUGAAGAAUAAUAAGAAGAAAUUAAUAAAUAACCUAAGUUAAACAUCUAUGAAUAAUAAAACCCAUACUAAAUACUCUAAAAUAAUAUUACACCUAUCCCUCAACAUCAACCCUUUUCAAUUAAUAACUAAUACAUACAAUAAAGAAUACCUAUCAAUUAAUAAAGUUAAUUUAUAUAUCCUCCUACUGUCCUUCCUAACUAAUAAUAAUAAUAAUAAAUGUUUUAAUAAUAAGCAUAUUAAUAAAUGAAAUAUUAUCAUUAAUAGACUUAAAAUAAUAUGUAUAUGAAUUAAUAUCAUCCACAAUAAACAUAUUAAUUAUAGUAAUAAUAACCUCUAAUUGAAGAUUAAAAAGAAUAAAUAUUAUAAAAAUAAUAAAUAAUCUAAUAAUAAAAAUAAUAGUAAUUAUAAUAAUUAUAAUAAUAAUAACAAACUUAAUAAUAACAUUAGUAGUAAUAAUUUUUAUAAUAACCAUAAUAGCCAUAAUAGCCAUAAUAAACAUAAUAAUAAUAAUAAUAAUAAUAAUAAUAAUAAACAUAAUAACCAUAAUAAACAUAAUAAUAGCCCUAAUAAUAAUAAUAAUUUGAAUAAUAAGUCAAUAAUGGAAAGUUAGAAAAUAAAGAAAAAAUUGAAUCUAAAUAAUAAUAGAAGAAAUCCAAAGAAAAAUAAUAGAAAAAAAUAAAAAAAUAAAAAUCAAAGUUUAAUAAUAAAAAGAAAAGAGAAACCAUUAAAUAGAUUAAAGAUAGAUUAAAAAAAUAAAAGAAUAAAAUAAAAACUAUAUAAAUUCCACCUGAAAUACCUACCGAAAGUUAUAAAGUUGGAUCAAUUAGUAAGCAUCUUGGAAUAACUAUAAGAAAACCUGUACUCUAGUAUUUCUUAGGUUUCUGAUUC